ACUCUCACUCCCUCCCAAAACCGAAGCCCAAAAUCACAAAGGCAGUAAAAUCCAAUCUUUCUCAAAUCCCCGAAGCUUUCAACUUUUUUGUUAUCCAAAAAUUAUCAAAGCCCAGAAAACGACAUGCCGAUGAAGGGAAUGAGGAGCAUGUUCUUCAAAUCAACGUCUCCUUUCAACUCACCAGCGAGAUCACCAUUGCGCUUUAACUCUCCGGCUUUAUCACCGGCGCGGCUCACCUUCUCCGAGACCUUAGUGGACGAGAACAUCGAGAAUGCACAAACGUUGAUUAAUAAAUGGGAGUCGGAUGCUUCUAGUUAUGCAGACCACACCUCUCUCUUCUCCAUGAACCGCCAAGAGUCUAGGCAGUAUCUCGACUCCGUCAAGAACAUUCAGUCCGCCAUGAAAUAUAUUGUUACGGAGAAUUCCAACUCCGAGAAGCUUGUUCGGGCUCAGAAUCUUAUGCAGAUUGGGAUGAAACGGUUAGAGAAGGAGUUUUAUUAUAUAUUGAAAAACAAUCGAGAGUAUUUGGACCCAGAAUCUGUUUCGACCAGAUCAUCGCUGACGCCGAGAUCUAGUCUUUCUGAAUUCGAUGAUGAUUCAGAGGAUGAGUUCAAAUUCGCUACAAAUUCGGUAUCGGAGGAUGUUGCUGGAGAUUCGGUAUCGGAGUUCGACCAAGUUUCGAUGGCUGCCGCAACGGACUUGAAAGCCAUUGCCAAUUGCAUGAUUUCUUCUGGUUAUGGUAUGGAGUGUGUGAAGAUUUACAAAAUCGUUCGUAAAUCAAUUGUGGAUGAGGCUAUGUAUCAUCUUGGAGUUGAGAUAUUGACUUUCUCGCAACUUCAAAAGAUGGACUGGGAGGUUGUGGAGAUUAAGAUCAAGACCUGGUUAAACGCAGUGAAAUUUGCAGUCAAAACUAUCUUCACCGGCGAGAGAAUCCUCUGUGAUCAAGUGUUCUCUGCUUCUCCGUCAGUCGCGGAGUCCGUCUUCAUGGACAUUUCACGUGAGGGAGCUAUGGCUUUGUUUGUAUUCCCUGAACAUGUGGCCAAAUGCAAGAAAAGUCCCGAGAAAAUGUUCCGUACAUUGGACCUAUAUGAAGCCAUAGCAGAUGUCUGGCCUGAGAUUGAAUCAAUUUUUGCUUUCGAAUCAACCUCUGCCAUUCGAUCACAGGCGGUUAAUUCCCUGGUAAAGCUCGGUGAGGCGGUCCGCAUGAUGCUAACAGACUUCGAAGCAGCGAUUCAGAAGGACAACUCCAGGAAGCCGGUCCCAAGCGGUGGCGUCCACCCUCUGACGCGCUACGUAAUGAACUACCUCACCUUCCUUACAGAUUACAGCGGAAUCCUCACCGAUAUACUAGCCGAUUGGCCGUUAACGGUGCAGUCUCCACUACCGGAAGCCUACUUUGGGAGUCCGGUGGCUGAUGACAAUAUUUCGUCUCCAAUCUCAAUGAGACUGAGCUGGCUCGUACUCGUCUUGCUCUGCAAACUUGACGGGAAAGCAGAGCUCUACAAGGAUGUAGCACUCUCGUAUCUGUUUCUAGCCAAUAAUCUACAAUACGUCGUCGUUAAGGUCCGAACAUCGAACCUGAAGUUCCUAUUGGGAGACGAAUGGAUUGGAAAGCACGAAGCGAAAGUGAAGCAAUACGGAGCAAAUUACGAGCGAAUGGGGUGGAGCAAAGUAUUAGCUUCAUUACCGGAAAAUCCAACGGCCGAUAUUUCGCUUCCGCAAGUCAAAGAUCAUUUCCGGAGAUUCAAUUUUGCAUUUGAAGAGACCUACAAGAAGCAGAGCUCGUGGGUGGUUCCGGACUCUAAACUCCGAGACGAGAUCAAAGUAUCGGUGGCGAAGAAGCUUGUGCCGGCAUAUCGGGAAUUUUACGCCAAGUAUCGGACGGUGGUAAGGAAGGAAAUUGGAAAAGAAGCAUUGGUCAGAUUUGCCCCUGAUGAUUUGGGAAAUUACUUAUCGGAUCUAUUCUAUGGUACCGGGGGACCGGGGAGUGUUUCGUCGAAUUCCAGUACUUCAUCGUUUUCCUCCAAGGGCGGCCAUUGAGCCGGUUUUUUGGAAGAAUUGAAUUGCCGGCUUAACGAAUCUAAGAAGAACAAUGAACACGUGCGUGUAAACAACUUUGACCGUUGAAUCGGGUGUAAAGACAUGGAAUCACAACAGCUAUUCUUUGAUUAUUCAAUGUUUCAAAUAAAAUAAAUGGCAAUUCUUUUUCUCUAA